CCCCCAUUCUUAGCCUCAUCGCCGAGGGGGACUGCCAGGGGUGAGGACCUCAUAGGACACCCCCCCCAUUCUUAGCCUCAUUGCCGAGGGGGACUGCCAGGGGUGAGGACUUCAUAGGACACCCCCCUAUUCUUAGCCUCAUCGCCGUGGGGGGCUGUCAGGGGGUGAGGACUCCAGAGCUUCGGGAGAAGACUUUCUCGGAGCGGAGGGGUCCCGCCCGGCCAAGAGACUCCCUCCCCUAAAGGAACCGGAGCGGAGCGGAGCCGAAGGAUUUUCGCGCGUGGCGGAGAUCGGCAUCGCUGGUGGAUCGCCGCGCAGCGGGUGCCGAGGACGCCAGCGACUGUCGGGGGUGGGUGGUAGGGGCUUCCCGGCCCAAGCCGUCGGCCGCAGCCCCCCCCACUCCUCCCGCCCCGGCAAUGGCCCUGAAGGAAGGCGGCGGCCCCGGCGCGACCCCCACCACCACCAUCCUCCCCAUCAGCGAGAUGGUCUCCGGCUGCUCAGCGCCCGCUCCGUCGGCGGCAUCGGCGGGCUGCCCUUUCCCCGAGGUGGUGGAGUUGAACGUGGGCGGGCAGGUGUACGUAACCCGGCACUCCACCUUGCUCAGCGUCCCGGAGAGCACCUUGGCCCAGAUGUUCUGCCCUCGACGGGGCGGCGGCCGGGAGCUGCCCCGCGACAGCCGCGCCCGCUUCUUCAUCGACCGCGACGGCUUCCUCUUCAGGUACGUCCUGGAUUACCUGCGGGACAAACAGGUGGCUCUGCCCGAGCAUUUCCCGGAGAAAGAGCGGCUGCUGCGCGAAGCCGAGCAUUUCCAGCUGGCCGAGCUGGUCAAGCUGCUGUCCCCCAGGGUGGCCAAGCAGGGCUCGCUUAACGACGAAGGCUGCCAGAGCGACCUGGAGGAAAGCGCCUCGCCCGGCAGCGGGGAGCUCCUGGUGCCGCCGCCGCCGUCGUCCCGGGCCGGCGAGAGGCGAGCCGGCUUCCUCACCGUCGGUUACCGGGGCUCCUACACGGCGGUGCGGGAUAACCAGGCGGACGCCAAGUUCCGACGGGUGGCCCGCAUCAUGGUCUGCGGCCGCAUCGCCCUGGCCAAGGAGAUCUUCGGCGAGACGCUCAACGAGAGCCGCGACCCGGACCGCCCGCCCGAGAAGUACACCUCCCGCUUCUACCUGAAGUACACCUACCUGGAGCAGGCCUUCGACCGGCUCUCCGAGGCCGGCUUCCACAUGGUGGCCUGCAACUCUACCGGCACCGCCGCCUUCAUCAACCAGUACAGGGAGGAUAAGAUCUGGAGUAGCUACACCGAGUACAUCUUCUACAGGCCGCCCCAGAGAACGGUGUCUCCCAAGCAAGAACGCGAAGAUCGGAAACACGAAAAGGUGGCGGACAAAGGAAGCGAGAGUGGAACGUCCUGCAACGAAUUGUCCACCUCCAGUUGCGAGAGCCAUUCCGAAGCCAGCACGCCUCAAGAAAAUGCUGCUAGCGCUCAGCAGCCUACGAGCCACGAGACUAAUACUCUGACGUUGGAUCGCCCAUCGAAGAAAGCUCCUGUUCAGAAAAUGCCCCCGCCGGACAAACGUCGAAACAGUGAACUUUUCCAGACUCUGAUGAGUAAGUCCAGAGAAAUAAACCUCUCCAAGAAAAAGAUCUCCGAGAAGCUCAGUGUGGAGGAAGAGAUGAAAAAAUGCAUUCAGGAUUUUAAAAAUAUUCAUAUCCCCGACGAUUUUCCAGAGAGAAAACGUCCAUGGCAGUCUGAACUGUUGCAAAAAUAUGGGCUAUAGUUUUUCAGAUAUUGAAUCUCAUGUCCCUUGGUGAUUUAAGUGUCUGUUCCAUUGCCGGUUACUUGUUGGGUCUACUCCUUGGAGUUCUGCGGCUUUUUUUCUUCUUUCUGUGAACUAUCGGUUGGAUAGGACAUGGGUUGACUGGGUUUUUUUUCCUCCUUUCUUUUCUUUUUAAAAGAUACAAUUAAUGAAAAUAAAACCUAGAUCCUUUUAUAAUAGUUAACAAGUGCAUGGUCAAGACAUUUGGGGUUUAAG